GUCCAUACCAAAUUCGACCGCGGGGUCUAAAAAUAGGAUGAAAGACAACCCAAAGUCCAGAUCGUUCGGAUCUCCCUCCUUGAAGGUGGCUUGAUCUCGCGGGGCGGAAUGGGCAUGGUUGUUCUUCUAGAAAAGUUUAUUUGGGGAUGCCGGGGGGGCUUGUAUGAAAGAAUGUAACGCGGCGGGUUUUUGGCGGGUGUGGUUUUGUGAAUUUUGACAUAGGUUCUUGUGCGCAAGAUCGAGCUAGUUACAGAUUACGGUGGAGCUGUCGCUGUUAUAUCGGUAAAAUCUUGCAAUACAAUUUUUGUUUGGAGUUUCUGUGUUAUCGGAAGAGACGGCGGAGCGAUGUCCUCAACGCGGCAAGCUCAGGAUGACCUCGAGUUUGGGGUCGCAUCCGGGGACGCAUUAGUCCCCGAACCGUCGUCGCGGGAAGCCACGACCGGACAGAAUCUACGGAAGAGCGCGUUGACGAAAGCGAACGGGCUAAGCAUAGCGCACGAGAACGGGAGCGUGGACAUGGGGUCGUCGGACGACGGGGAAGAAGGGAUGUCCAAGUCGCGGACGCGCAAAUCAAUCGUGUUCGCGGAUGAUGUCGAGGCUGGACGGGCGAGUUAUUUCUCGGGCCCGUCGGCGGAUGGGAAGAUAAAAGGCUCGGCGCCGCUGUCGCCGACCUCACCGCUGUUGCUGGAGGAGGAGGUGACGGUGGUGUCGGCGGGGAAAGGCCAAGGUGCAGGUGCGCUCCCGGACGUCCCGGAGGGUGCCUCCUUACCCCGGUUCACCCUCUCCGGGAUGCCGGGGAGCAAGAGCACGACCAGCAAACUCGCCGACCCACCACCACCACAACCCACCUCCACCCCCGGAGUCCCCAAACCCAAAUCCACCCACGACCACCUCCCCCUCGCGCUUUCCCAGAUCCUCAAAACCGCCGAAGAAACCAAAACCACCGUCUGGCAACUCACCGCCCAAGUCAGCGCCACCGCCCCGUUCCACAACCCCUUCGCCGCCUCCGCCUCCGCGCGCGCCCAGCAACGCAAGGAGAGCCAGGCCCAGAUGCAGGCCCGCCGGAUGUCCCUGGGCGCCGCGCUGUGCAUCCCCGCCCCGUCGCGGAUCGAUCAGAACAUGAGCUGGCGGAAACUGUUUACGCUCUCCGCGGGCGCGCUGGGGAUUGUCUAUGGCGAGAUCUCCGUGUCGCCGUUGUAUGUACUCAAGGCGAUCUUCGCGCCGCAUGGCGGGGAGCUGACGGAUGAUGGGGAUUACCCGGAGAUACCGGAGGAGGAGAUCUUGGGCACGAUAUCGAUUUUGGUGUGGUUGGUCACGUUGGUGUGCUGCAUCAAGUAUGUGUGGCUUAUACUGAAAGCUGAUAGGACGGGUGAGGGCGGAAUCUGGGCGCUGCUGUCGCUGAUACCGUUGGAAUCGCUGGAUGCGAGCGUACUGUUGCAUCGGUCUCGCGCCGGGAUAUAUGUGUUGGGAUUGCUAGCGGCUAGUUUUCUAGUCGUAGAUACCAUGAUUUCCCCGGCUAUUACAGUACUAUCCGCCUUCGAGGGCAUACGCCUCUACUCAAAAGCAACCUUCUCCCAAGACGCCGUCGUAGCCUGCACCUGCACCGUCCUCGCCAUCGUCUUCUGGUGGCAGCGUUUCGGCACCUCGCGCAUUCAAAAGGCCUCCGGCGCCAUCUUCGCCCUGUGGUACCUCGUCAUCGCGAUGAUCGGGCUGUACCAGAUCGCGCGGUACCCGAAAGUGCUCGCGGCGUGGAGCCCGCAUUAUAUUGGGUAUAUGGUGAGGAAGGAUGUGGGCCAUGUGGCGACGAUAUUGGGUGAAGCAGUGCUGGCGGUGGCGGGCGUGGAGGCGAUGUAUGCGGAUUUGGGACAUUUCUCGGCCAAGCCGAUCCGGUGGACGUUCUUGGGGAUGGUGUACCCGGCCAUCACGCUGAACUAUCUCGGUCAAGCUGCAUAUUUGAUUGGAAACCCGGCUGCUGCCGAGAACCCGUUCUUCAAAUCCAUCCCGAACGUUGUAGAUUGGCCUGUCAUGGUCCUUGCCACAAUCGCCGCCAUCCUAGCCGCACAGGGCGCUAUUUCCGGCUGUUUCAAUCUGAUCGAUCAAUCGAUAUCUCUCAACAAGUUCCCCAAUGUGAUCACCCGCCAUCUGAAACACGCGCAUGGGAGCGAUAUUUAUAUACCCGCGGUCAAUUUCUGUCUGUUCUUGGGGAGCGUGAUUAUGGCGUCGGCGUUUCAUACAUCGCAGCAUUUGUCGUAUACCGCAGGGAUAUGCGUCGCGGGCUCAAUGGCGAUCACCAGCUUCCUCUACGUCCUCGUCAUGCACCACGCCUGGAACCUCCCCAAAUGGAAGAUCCUUCUCUUCGGCAGCAUCUACCUCCCGCUCGACCUCCUCCUCUUCGUGUCCUCGCUGCGCAAGAUCGUCAACGAAGGCUGGGUCUCCCUGCUGCUCGCCUUCAUGGUGUUUACGAUCAUGUUCGUGUGGACAGCAACGACGCAGGAGAUCAGCACCUGGCUGCGCGAGCAGCUGAUCACGCUGAACGAUCUGAGAGUGUAUGUCAAGAGCAUGCCGAGGGUGCCGGGCACGCUGGUGUUUGUGAGCAGUGGAGACGAGGAUGUGCCGAAUGUGCUGCGGAUAUGUGCGGGGCGGUUGAACAACCUGCCGGUGAAUUUGAUAUGUAUGAGUGCGGUGGCGAGUCAGUCGCCGUUUGUGGCGGAUGAGGAGAAGGUGGUGUUUCGGACCGUGGAUGCUGUUAGUGGGAUAUACCGGCUGGUGAUUUCGUAUGGCUACGCCGAACGAGAUUUCAACGUGCAAACGGCACUAGAGCGAGCGAAGAAACGCGGGCUGCGGAUGAAAGCGGGCGAAAAGAUCUCGUUCAUCGUCGGACGAGAAAUCGUACAUUCCACGAUAUCCUCGAGGUUGUUCGGACGAUUACGUCGGCAGAUGUACAACACGAUAGCGCGGAAUUUACCGGGGAAGAUGGAGUAUUUUGACUUGCCGCCUGGGGAUACCCUGGAGGUAAUGUCGGGGGGGACGGGCAAUGUGGUCAGAUUUGAAAACCCCGUGUCGCACGGAUUCAUAACCGAUCUUCUUUUCCACUAG